UACUUCAUUUGAAGUUUACAAUACAAAGAAAAAUGAACAAAAGCACAACAAUAGUAAUUUUUGGUGCAUCAAUUAUGAUUAUCAAGUAAAUAUUCAGAUGGCGGAAAAGAUUUAUGGAUUUGAAAUAGUAAAAGAGUAA